AUGAAAAUUCUUUCAUACAUAUAUUUGCAUUUCAAUAGGGUUAUUUUCUUUAAGAAUCUUUUGAAAAGCUUCAAUUUUCGGAGCAAUUCAAUCCUAAACUAUUUUUGGAGUAAUUUUGGAAAGAUAUCCAAUACCUUUGAUGAUCAUGGACCAUUUAUUAGUUAAAUUACUUCUCUUGAUUCAACUUGGCUGUUUAUUCAACAAAAUAACAUGGAAAUUUUAAGAUUCUUAAUGUUCUACAAAUAAGGAAGCAGGUUUACUAUCUUUAUAUUUUUAGCAAUACAAUCAUUUAACUAGUUUUAAAAUAUUUGUUUUCAUUUUUUUAAAUUAACUUAUUUUUGUAUUCAAUCGUUAUAUAAAUAGUAAAAUAUCAAAAUAAUUAAAUUUUACCUGAUUAUACUACUGUGGAGCUUAUAGGUUCAAAAUUAAUUCGCUUUUGCAAAUUGUAUUGAAAACACUUAAUUUUUAUAACAUACAAAGUCAAAAAUCAGAGGAAACUAUGUGGAUGUAGCUUCAGAAAAAAAAGGGGCCGUCAUCUCAACAGCUAGAAAUAAUUUGUUUUCCUUUUAAGGUACUCUUGCAAGUCCUUUAAGGGAUUAUCUCUAUUUUUUUAAUAAUUUAUCAUAGUAUGUUGGCCAUAUUGACUUUAAUUUACAUUAAUCUAUAAUUAUUGAGCUGUUGCACCCAUAUGAAAUAAAUUUAGUGAGGUUUAGAUUAUGGGAUAAUGACAAACGAAUUGCUGAAUUACAAAUUUUUAUUGUAGUAGUUGACAAAAUCACAGAGACCGAAAUUUUUAAUGGAUUCACCUAAUAUGUAAGUGAGGUUAGAUUUCCUGAUCAAAUUGUAACAAAGAUAAGAUUUUACAAUAAAAAUGUUACAUCUGUUACAAUCCAUAAAAUUAUUUCAAUCAUUAAGAUUUAGGCAUUUUAUUAAUUGUGA